CUGCGCGCCGGGCGUGAGCGGGAGAACGGCGGCCAGAUCGCUGGCGGCGAGACCCGCGCGUGGUGUCGCUCCCGCACCCCAGCCUCUAGCAACCAGGAUUUGCUUUCACCUUGUUCUGGACUGAGGGACCCAUGAUUGAGUUACCCGAGAAGGAGAAAACCCGUUCCGGGUGAGCCCAGGCCGCCCCGGAAAUGCGAUGGCGGAGGAGCGGGCACCCAGGACCAGACAGAGGUGGGAGACGAGGCUGGAGAUGUAACCAUGAUUUUGGCGGUCACCACCCCACCCGAGGGAGGCCAGAAUCGCCAGUGCUUUGGGACCACCCACGUUUCCCAGGAUGUUCCUCUCCUGAAUUGGGCUUCAAACUGGAUUCUCCUGGUUCAGAUAAUGAGCUCUGAGUGUGUAACAGUGACAAUGGCAUAAUCUGCAUUAACAUCGCACAACUUGAAGACAUGACAAUUAAGGAACACACAUUGACUUGUGGCACAUGGAUAUAUGUGCACAAAAAAAGGAAAUCUAUAAUGCUUUAAAGAUAGGAAGACAUUCUUCCUCACCAAAAUGGGUACAUUCUGCUCAGUUAUCAAGUUUGAAAAUCUCCAAGAAUUAAAGAGACUGUGUCACUGGGGUCCCAUUAUAGCCCUUGGUGUUAUAGCAAUAUGUUCUACAAUGGCUAUGAUUGACUCUGUGUUGUGGUAUUGGCCCUUACAUACAACUGGAGGAAGUGUGAAUUUCAUCAUGUUGAUAAAUUGGACUGUCAUGAUUCUUUAUAAUUACUUCAAUGCCAUGUUUGUUGGUCCUGGCUUUGUCCCUCUGGGGUGGAAACCGGAAAAUUCUCAGGAUAGCAGGUACCUCCAGUACUGUCAAGUCUGCCAAGCAUACAAGGCACCGCGGUCACAUCACUGCCGAAAGUGUAACAGGUGUGUGCUGAAGAUGGACCAUCACUGUCCUUGGAUCAACAACUGUUGUGGUUACCAAAAUCAUGCUUCCUUCACACUGUUUCUCUUGUUAGCACCAUUGGGUUGUAUUCAUGCUGCCUUCAUUUUUGUUAUGACGAUGUAUACACAGCUUUAUAACCGGCUCUCCUUUGGGUGGAACACGGUAAAGGUCGAUAUGAGUGCAGCCCGGAGAGAUCCUCUUCCUAUUAUUCCGUUUGGAUUAGCUGCAUUUGCUGCCACCUUGUUUGCCUUGGGAUUAGCUUUAGGAACAACCAUAGCCGUUGGGAUGUUGUUUUUUAUCCAGAUGAAAAUAAUUCUCAGAAACCAGACUUCUAUUGAAUCAUGGAUUGAAGAAAAGGCUAAAGAUCGAAUUCAGUAUUAUCAACUAGAUGAAGUCUUUGUUUUUCCUUAUGACAUGGGAAGUCGAUGGAAGAACUUUAAACAGGUGUUUACCUGGUCAGGGGUCCCAGAAGGAGACGGCCUGGAGUGGCCAGUAAAAGAAGGCUGUCACCAGUACAGCUUAACAAUAGAACAGUUGGAACAAAAAAAAGAUAAAAGAGUAAGAAGUGUUCGGUAUAAAGUAAUAGAGGAUUACAGUGGUGCCUGCUGCCCUUUGAAUAAAGGAAUCAGAACAUUCUUCACGAGCCCCUGCACCGAAGAGCCUCGGAUAAGGCUGCAGAAAGGGGAGUUCGUUUUAGCCACAAGGGGUUUACGGUAUUGGUUGUAUGGAGACAAAAUUCUUGAUGAUUCCUUUAUAGAAGGUGUUUCAAGAAUAAGAGGGUGGUUCCCUAGAAACUGCGUGGAAAAGUGUCCCUGUGAUGCUGAGACAGAUCAAGCCCCAGAGGGUGAGAAGAAAAAUAGAUAGCCACUAUUAAAAUAGUUACUCUUUAAGUCCGCCCCAUUACUUGAAAACUCUACAUAUCACUAAAGAAUUAUGCAAUGAGCCUACUCUGGUUAAGGUGUUCUUUUUCUCAAAGGUGCCCUAGUGCCACGAUCUAAAUAUUUUUAUGAUCAUUUUGAAAUGGAGAAGCCAUUCUGCAUAUGCCUUUGAAUUCCUGCCCCUCUUUGCCACCUCGUUCUCACCCCAAAAGGAAAAGCACUUCACCCAAGUCAGUCACUUGCAUUUUCCUUAGGAUCUUUUAUGCACUGCACAGUAGGGACCUCACCUGCAGAUCCAGUUCCCCCUUUGCCAGGAGCAUCUGCAUGUGAUGCUUUUAUCUUGUUUCCCCCUGUUGAUGUUUAUUAUGUAAUAUUCUAGACACUGUAGAACUUAAUUUGUCAGAUUCAAUAUAAGCCCAAAUUUUGUUACUUGUCUUUUAAUAUGCUUAUUUUGUCGAAUCAAAUAAAGAUCAAUGGAUGUU